UUUUAAAGAAAGAGAGAUAGAUAGACGAAGCUAUUUCUCCACUAGAAUUUCUUUCUGGAGAGAGCCGCCGAGCGGGAUACAGAAAAAUGGACAAGAGCAUGCUUGGAGAUCUUGAUUCUCUUCCAGAGGAAGACAAGCUGAGAAUGGCAUCCAUGAUUGAUCAGCUCCAGAUCCGUGAUAGUUUGAGGAUGUAUAAUUCACUAGUGGAGAGAUGUUUCAGCGACUGUGUUGACUCGUUCAGGCGCAAGUCUCUUGACAAACAAGAGGAGACCUGCGUUCGUCGAUGUGCAGAGAAGUUCUUGAAGCAUUCGAUGCGUGUUGGGUUGAGGUUCGCUGAGCUCAACCAAGGUGCACCAACCCCCGAUUAAAAGAUUAUUCUCCAAACUUUGCUGAAUAUCAAUUCUAUUAUUUUCAGUAAUGUGCUUGUUUUUUGUUGCUCACAAAUACAUCGAAUGAGGUUUGUAGCUCCUCCUCCUUCUGAAUUGUUACAUUCAUAACUUUAGUUAAUUUGCUUUUUAAUAAUUAUACACAUUUCCUGAAUUUCUGAAUCUAGCUUUUAGAGUGUUUUAUUUGGAUUGGUUUUGAACCAAUUAUAAUCUAAUUUUUGUUUCUAUGCAU